AACGUAGACAGCCGCCGCCCGGCCGCGCGCAGAUGGAGCUGACGGAGCCCGCACGGCCCCGGGGGUGAGCGGCGGAGCAGUCGGACCUCACGGACUCGCCAUGGAGGAGGAGGGUGUAAAGGAGGGAAGUGAGAAGCCUCGUGUGGCACGGAUGGUGGACAAGGCUGGUUGGAUCAAGAAAAGCAGUGGGGGCCUCCUGGGGCUCUGGAAGGACCGCUACCUACUCCUCUGCCAAGCUCAGCUGCUGGUCUAUGAGAACGAGGAUGAGCAGAAGUGUCUGGAGACUGUGGAGCUGGGCAGCUAUGAGAAAUGCCAGGACCUUCGUGCCCUCCUUAAGCGGAAGCACCGCUUUAUCCUGCUACGAUCCCCAGGAAACAAGGUCAGUGACAUCAAAUUCCAGGCACCCAGCGGGGAAGAGAAGGAAUCCUGGAUCAAAGCCCUCAAUGAAGGGAUCAGCAGAGGCAAGAACAAGGCUUUUGACGAGGUAAAGGUGGACAAGAGCUGUGCUCUGGAACACGUGACAAGGGACCGGGUUCGGGGUGGCCAGCGGCGGCGGCCACCAACGAGAGUCCACUUGAAGGAGGUAGCCAGUGCAGCUUCUGAUGGGCUUUUGCGCCUAGACCUUGAAGUUCCGGACAGUGGACCACCAGUGUUUGCACCCAGCAAUGAUGUCAGCGCCACCCAGCCCCGGGAGACACCUUUGCCCCUCCUGCCUUCCACCAAGCCUUCCCCGUUGCCCGACACAUCUAGCCUUGGUGAUGGGGUGGAGAUGCCUGUGGGGGAGAGCACCCCAACUCCCACCUCAGCCAGCACUGAGGCCCAGCCUGAGAGCCAAGAGGACUCGGAGACCCCAGUGGGGGAGGACAGUGGCUCUAAGCAGCCCCCCAGCAGCUUCUUGCCUGACAAACUGAAGGUGAGCUGGGAUAACUCCAGCCUGGAGGAGGCCCCUGCUCCUGAAAGCACAGAACUGUCCCAGGUGUCUUUCUCUGAGGCUCUGGAGGCUGCACCUAAGGAGGUUAAGAAGCCCCCUGCACCCCCACCCAAGAUCUUAUCAGAGAAAAUGAAGGCCUGCCUGAGUGGAAUGGAAAGUUCUGGGCCGGGCCCGAGUCCUGGGGCCCCUGAGACCUCCGCCCCAGGCCCAGUUCAGGUCUCAGUGAAUGGUGUGGGUGAGGGUCCUGAGCCCGUGCAGCCACCUCAGGCCGCUGGCACCCCAGGAACGUCCCCAGAGGACGUUACAAAGUCCCCAGCACUGCCCUCCUGGGAUCUGCCAGCUCAGUUCCAUCCCCGCUGCUCCUCCCUUGGGAACCUGCUUGGAGAAGUCCCCCAGCGUCCUCAGCUGCCAAAGGAACGGCUCUAUCGGGCCCAGCUGGAGGUAAAGGUGGCUUCAGAACAGACAGAGAAACUGCUAAACACGAUGCUGGGCAGCGAGCCUCCCCCUGUGAAUACGGAGGCAUUGCUCAGCCAGGCCGUGGAGCAGCUGCGGCAGGUCACCCAGGUCCUGCAGGAAAUGAGGGAUUUGGGAGAGCUGAGCCAGGAAGCUCCUGGGCUAAGGGAGAAGCAGAAGGAGUUGGUGACCCUCUACAGGAGAAGUGCACCCUAGGCCUGCUGGGGCAGAGGCACAGCCCAGCCCUGCUGAGAAAUGUGCUAUAGCUCAGUUGUAGAAGGGGCAUGUCAGGUUUGGCCAGCACCUGAAGAGACUCCUGGUGUCCUUCCCACCCUGUGCUGGCCAGUGGUGCCAGGUGUCACCCAGGGCCACUUUCUGGUUCCCUGGUCUGGCUUGCCUUCGGGCUCUGGUUUGGGCUGGAGCACACAUACUUGGGCCCUGUGUGGUUGUUCCAAAUGGCCCCAGGUCUUUGGCACAGUGCUGGGAGUUUCUUGGUUUUCUCUGUUCCCCAUUCCCUGCAGUUUACAUUCUUGCCUUUUGAGUAGAGCACAGCUGAGCCCCCAUGCAACCUCCAGCCAGCCCCUCCCACCUAAUCAGAGUAGCUGCAAAAGCCUGUGGUCCAGGCUGUGGGGUCAUCUUUCAGCUACGUGAAACCUGGGGCCCAGCUGGAGAUGAGCAUCUGUGUGAGGAAGCUUGGUGCCCGUGUGACCUUCUCUAGGCCUGUUUCCUUUCCUGCAAAGUGAGGACAUUGUCUGCAGCUCCUUUCCCUUUGGCAAGCUGUGAUUGGAGGCUCUCAUUCCAGAAGAGGAAGGAAGAAGAGGAACUCAAAGGGUCUCCUAGUAUAGUCUCUGCUCCUGGACCAGCUUGUGUCCAGCCUUGCACAUUCCUGAAGAGGCAAACCCUAGAGUAGCCCCGUGUCAACAUCUGAAAAGCCUACCUGUGAUUAUCAUAAAUCAAAGAAUCCCACCCGUCCCUAGACUUCUGUGCCUCCCAGAUAAGAUUUAUUUGGGUCUCUUUGGUUCCUCCUCAGCCCAAAAGGUCCAGUGUCCCCAUCAUUUUUUACAGGGUGGAAUCUGUGACAUCUCCCCCCCACCCCAGGCCCCUGGUGGGCAGCCCCUUCUUAAACUCCUAAUAGGAAGAAUAUUUUCUCCUCUCCCUUUCCUGGUCCUCUUCCAGUGCCCCCCUAACCUCUGGCUCUGGGACCACCCAGAUCACACCAUGCUGUAGCAACUGCAACCAGGGUGGAGCUUGAGUCGGGAAGCAGGAGUCUGUGACAGGUCCUCCCCUGAGGAGUCUGCAUGUGCACUUUGGUUUACCGGAAGAUGAGAAGGGAGGGUCACAGCAGCCUCCCCUGGCCUUUCUGCCCACUUACCCUACCACCAGCUGCCAGUCAUGCCCACUGAGACCUGCCCGCACAAGUUGAUGACUUCAUUGCUGUACUGUAACUUUGUUCUUGAGGGUAGCGGAUGGGGUCAGGAGGGGUAGGCCUGCACUCUGUAGUCUGGGCCACGAAGGGGCAGAGGUGAGGAGCAAUGCCAUGGCUGGUGAGCCCCCACUGCCCUCCCCAACCACGCUCUUAAGGCUUCUAUGCCACAGUCUGCCUUUCUGUCUGUCUCCUGUACAAGAGAAAGAAUGUCCUCAGGUGCCCAGUCAUGUGAUCCCUUGCCAUCUUCCUUAGGGAACAGCCUUCCCCCACCAGCAACCAGGGCCUUAACCAAGUCACCUGCUUCCAGGAAUUGAAGCUCCAGCUUCCUCUUCUGUUAAGCAACUGGCUGGGCAAGUAGCCCUAAGGCCACCUCAAUGGCCAAAACACUAGACCUGUGCUUUUGGCUAUCUGGGCCCCAAGGAGGUAGCCAGUUUCCAGGGUGGGGAGGUGGAGGGGACGCACAGGACUGCCUGCUUGCCUCCUGAGGAGGAGGCAUUCAGUGUCUUCUGCUUAUGAAGCGUCCUUCUUGAAGUUUGGCAAUAAAUCCUUUUUUACACAACUUCUCUGCUCCAAGCCUGUUCAUUGUUUUGGGAAUCAGUUCCAGGACUGGCCUGGAGGGAGCAGAGGGCAGGUGGCAGUUGGUCAGUGGUGUCACCAGCCCCCCAAACUUGGUUCUAGGGUGCCUUUCCAUAGGUUGGGCUGGAGGUCCUGCCCCUCCCACUUGUGAUCCUUACUAACCUCAGCCAGGCUCUGGCAAGUUCACCGCCCCCCAGUGUUUCUACUCACUACGCCGAAGUGUCAUAAGGAACAGUGCUUUCCCAGUUUAAAAACUUUUUUGUUUGGAAAUAAUCUAAACAGAGAAAAGUUGUAAAAAUAGGAAGAGUACAGAGAACACACCCACAGCUCUAUUCUCAUUAUUUUUUGGGAAUCAUUGAAAAGUUAGUUAUCAUGGUCCCUUAUUCCUAAAUGCUUCAAUAUGGAUCUGCUAAAAGUAAGUGUGUUCUUUCAUGUAACUAGUACAGUUAUCAGUGUCUACAAAUUUAGCAUUAAUAGCCCAGUUUUGUCAUUUAAUCCUUUUUCUUCUGGCGAGGGUCAAGUAUAUUGCAUACAAUUGUCAAAUUGUCAUCUUUCUUUAAUCUCCUUUAAUUUGAAACAUUUCCACAAUAUGU